GCCCGAAAUCCAACCGGUGGCGGCGGUGGCGGUGGGAUNUCCAACCGGUGGCGGCGGUGGCGGUGGGAUGCACAGUUCAAGCACACUGGACUUUUCCGGCUCGGAUUUGGAUCUGCCGCCUCUUCCCAAUCGUCUCAGUUUGACUCGUUGUGAUGACGAUCCAGACGAGGAUGAUCACUUAAAACAGCUCACUCUCCAAGUCCCCGGACACAACAAUUCCUGUCGAACAUCUCCAAUCCAAUCAUCGAUGGACAGGAACUCUCCAUCGUUUUUUCUACCCCCGAAACACCAACAACAACAACAAUCCAUGUCACACGCGAACACUCCACCGGCCAGCUUGCUCGGGGCACCAACUGGUGAUGUCCGUUGUCGUUCCGCUCAGGGCCUCGUGCAUGUGUCUCCGCCCGUCCGUGAUGUGAAAUCCAUCAAUUCACUGGCCUAUUGCUCGCCGGAACCAAACCCAGCAAUGUGCAAUCCCAUCACCAUGUCCCAACCGUCGUUUGCUUCGACGGCAUCCACCGGGUCAAUGGGUAUGCCGGUCAAUGGAGAUCGUAUUUUUGGUACGCAAAAUUUGAAACGUGAAUUUGGUGGUCCUCCGGGUCCAGUGACCACCACCGCCACCGGCGGCGGCGGCUCACUUGGCGGAUCUGGUCAUGGCCCCCCAAAUGUGUCGGAGUUUUUGGCCUUGUCUGGGGUGAAUUCCUCCAAUCCAGGUCAAUCAACCAUACCCGCACAGUCCUUACAACCACAGGCACCAUCACUGACCCAACAUCAACAACAACAAUCAUCAUCGCAUUCGCUUGGUCUCACCUCGUCCGCCUAUAAUAAUAGCAACAAUAACGCAAAUUGCACCACAUCGACCGUCACCAUGGCAACAAAUAAUAAUGCUCUGUUUGACAGUGUGAAUUCUUUGCUCCUGAACGAUCCCAGUCAAAGCACCCUGCCCACUAUU